AUGGGCUUCAGUUCAGGGGAGGAAAUACAUAUUUUGGUCUUACUUCUUGCUGCAGCACUUGCCAAUGCUGCUCCAGAUCAGCAGCGGACAAUACUGGGUGAGAAUCUGUAUUCCCUAGUAGAACAACUGGAGCAAGAUGUUGAUGCUAAGGUUACAGGGAUGAUUUUGAAGAAGGACCUGAUCGAGGUUCUACAAUUGUGGAGUCACCGGACGGACUGCAUGCAAAGGUUGUUGAAGCUAUGGCCAUGCUGGGGAGCUCUCAGCUACAUCAGGCAGCGGGCGGUACAGCUGAUCAGCUGUUCUUGUUGUCUUUUAAUGAUCAGCUGUCCUUGCUGUCUUUGA